GAAAUUUGUCAAAUCAUUUCUCUCCGAUUUAACACGUCCUCUUUUUUUAUAUAUAAAUAAAUAAAUAAUAUAUAAAUAUAUAUACACAUAAAAUGGCAUUGCAGCUGCUGAGGGCCUUAGGCUUCACUGAAAAAUUGACUUGUGUUUAUCUUCCUUUGAAUUCAGCCCAGAGGGUUUAUUAAGAAAUCUAAUGGCAUUUGCUCAUUAUCUCUUAGCAGUUCCUGCUGAAUCUUCAUCUUCUUCACUGAAACCCCAUCAUCUUAACCCCAUUGUUGCUUCUUCUUCUUCAAAGAUUUUACCUUGGAAAUCUCCCGGUGUUUCUUUUGGGCUCAAUCUUAACAAAGUUUGCAACUUUUCUAUCUUUCCCAAACUUCUCCAUCGAAUUGCUGCUCACAAAGCUAAGGCUAAGCCGCAAGAAUCUGAAGUCAGUCCAGCUGUUGAUUCCUUUUCUCAAUUCAAGCAUUUGCUACUACCAAUCACAGACCGGAACCCAUAUCUCUCUGAGGGUACAAGACAGGCAACAUCAACUGCUGCUGCUCUUGCAAAGAAGUAUGGUGCUGAGAUAACAGUUGUGGUGAUUGACGGAAAUCAGAAAGAAACAUUGCCUGAUCAUGAGACCCAGCUAUCCAGCAUCCGUUGGCAUUUGUCUGAAGGCGGGUUUACAGAAUACAAGCUGUUAGAGCGACUUGGAGAUGGGAGUAAGCCAACAGCUAUCAUUGGCGAGAUCGCCGAUGAAAUGAGUUUGGAUAUGGUGAUUAUGAGCAUGGAAGCUAUCCACUCCAAGCAUGUGGAUGCAAACUUGCUAGCUGAGUUCAUUCCUUGUCCGGUUCUGCUCCUCCCCUUGUAGAGUACUAUAACUAAUCAGUUCGGUGUUAUCUGCUUUUGUUUCUGUUCACUGUAGUGUUCUUCAAAGCGUCCAUUUGGUUUAGCAGCCUGCAGUUGGAUGCGACUUUCUUUUGAGAUGGUUUUGUGGUAGAGUCAUGUUUAACUUAAUCUGCAUAUUUAUGUUGUGUUCAGAUAACUGUGGUUGAAAGUUUUAUAACUAAGUUAAGGGGUGGAUGAUAUGUUUACCUUUA